AUAUGAGUUUGAGUUUCUACAUCUUUUUGGUCAUAUUAGAAAACAGGAUGGCGCACACAAAUGAAGAACAUUACGCUGUCGUAUCGGUUUCUUCUGACAAUUUAGAAUUAAAUGGUUACAUGUGUAUGCCUUGUAAUCAAAACUGUAUUAACAGAAAAGCUUUAAAUUAUUGUGGAAUUUGUAAGAAACAGUUUUGCUUGGAAUGUCGUACUAAGCACGCGUAUUUGUUUAAAGAGCAUGCGAAUUACAUGCUUGGUAAGAACUCUAAAUGGGACUGGGAAGUUUUGGAUACUUACACUGAUAAAAAUGAAAAAUGGUCAAGCAACUCUCUAAAGUAUGUGGAGGACACAAAGGAACUGAGUACAGAUGAUGGGGCUACUAACAACCUAAGGGUUGUGAACAUGAGAGUAUGCAAUGUUAAAGUUGAAAAUGACAGGCGUCUGUGUUCCUGCAAUAUUUCCAGUUGUUGUUUUUUGCCAGACGCAAGAAUCGUUCUGACAGACAGCAGCAAUCGACGUUUAAAACUACUUUCCGAGGACAAAUACGUCAUGGCACUGUAUGAACUACCAGAAGAACCGCACGAGGUAUGUUACGUCGAUGGAAACGAAAUUGCAGUAACAACGAAAGGGAAUAUGGUGAUGGUUUUUCAGAUUACCAACCAUGAAAUAGAAGAGAAAGGCGUUCUUACAUUUAAACACGAGUGUUGGGGAGUCGCAUACAGUAACAACCAGUUUUACAUAGGAGAUUUCCAAAGCAUUUACGUCUAUACAAGAGAAGGCAAGCAAAUCUAUUUGCUUUACUCAAAUAUGUCUAUGGGAAAGAAAUCGGUUAAUUCGUUCGCAGUUAGUGAAGACGGGAAAAAGAUAUAUAUUGCUAAUUAUGAUGCCAGCGUUUUAAGGACCAUCGAUGUACACGGCAAGACGCUUGCUACGUUGAAGGAUCCGUGUAUGAAGAAUCCGGCAGGUGUGUGCGUUGGGAAUAACGGAAGUGUGUUUGUUUGUGGUGUAAAAUCCAACUCCAUCGUUCAUGUAGAUGGUGAUGGUACGAAAAAACUUGGGGUGAUAUCGAAGUCAGACGGCUUGUCGAGUCCGCAGUCAAUCUGCUUCAACAGCAUAGAGUCUACGCUAGUGGUUUGCCAGCAGAAGAAUAAUGCAAUCCUUGUGGUUGCAAUCAACUCUGUAGCUUCCGAGGCAUUACAAUAAUUAUGCGUGCUUCAUCUGCCGCUUCAUAUAUAUUCUAAAAGUUAAAUUCUAUCAUAUGAUGCGAGCUCGAGUUUUGAGCUUAGUUAUAAUAAACAGGUACGUACCAGGAAAUAAUCAAUAGUCAUACCAGAAGCAAUUUGCAUAACACUGUAAUGCAUACAAUGAUGUACAUUUGUACCGGAAAUUGUAAAUAUCGUCGGCUACAUGGUUUGUUAGUGACCAAAUACGGGACUGCAAAGGAGGAACAAUACAUUGAAUCUGGCCAGCAACAAUGUAAAGAUCUUUCUUUGCCGAAUACCUUUUACUUUUACUUCAGUUUUUCAAUAAUGAUCCAACUCUCUGAUUGUUUGACGAAACCAACGGAAGAUGUCCUGGUGGACUAAGUUGCUUUGAUGGUUGUUUCCUGCUUCUUUUUCGGACCCUCACUGGUGUUUGUUUCCAUACUCUGUCUUCCGCAUAGCCAUUGAGAACACGCGUAUAUGAUUCAUGAGGAUUUUUAUAAUUAUCUGCACGAGCUUUUUGUUUUAUACAUCAGACAUUGUGUUACAAUUGCGUGUGAAAGAAAUUAUUUUGGGAGUUUUACUUUUAUUUACAAUGUCUUGUUACUUUGAAAUAUGGGUGAGAUAAACAGUGAAUGUUAAUGUGCAAUUAACCGGUGUUUUACACAUGCGUGUAGGAAAUUUCUAAUAUCUACUAUAAUUUGUCAGUAAACUGAUCUUGUUCCUCGCUACACAAUGAUCAAAGUACACAGUACUAACGCCUCCACGCCCCCCCCCCCCCCCCACCCGCCAUGAUAUGGGUAUGAAACACCACUUGUAAUAUAGAAUUCUAUAUGUAAGAAAGUCAUCCAGCUGGCUUACAGAAGGUUCGUGGUUCAACCUAGGUACCCACCUCAAACGCCUGAUAUGAUGCACGGAGGGGCAAUUGGGGUCUUCUUCCAACAUCAAAAUGUGGAAAAGUCACCAUAUGACCUGAACUGUAUCGGUAUGACUCUAACCUUAUAAUUUGUACUAAGAGCACUUCAGUAAUACCACCUCGGUAGCCUAGUGGUAGAUCGCCUGCUUCAAGUGUGCGAGGACGUGGGUUCGAUCCCAGGCAACGUCAUACCAAAUAUGUAUAAAAUGGUACUAAGUAGCCAAGUAUUCAGAUGAGCGAUAAUAUGACAUCGUGGCUCUCUUAUUUAAUGAAUCUUAUUAUUAUAUGAGUAUAACGAUAACAAAGUUCCGAAGCCCAUUUCGCUUAAAAUAUCCAGUAAUAGACCUACAGAAAAAAAUAACAGCAAGUGUGAUUCGGAAUACCCUAACUCGUGGAAAUCGGUUAAGCUUUGGUCGUGUUCAUGGAAGUCGGACGAAGUGAACAAUUUUUAUAAAUGUGAUCAUGUCAUUGUAAUUGUAAUGUAAUAGUCAAAAUGAAAAUAAAAGGGAGUUAUUGUACAUGUUGGAGCAUUAACCGAAUUACAUUUUCUGAGCAUUUGUUAAGAAUACCUUCCUUUGUCUCGACUACUUGACUGUCUUGUCCUUGUUUCCCAGCAUUCAUAUUUAGUGCAGAUAAACCUCUGUCCUAUUUUGGGAUAAAUGACAUAAUAUUUCUCACGAAAUUACAAAAAUAGGAGCCGGUUUAAAAACUCGGUUAAUGUACUUUUGCAAUGGUAUAUCUAUGCUUUGAGAAUAGUUUAUAUGAACCAUGACCUUGGUCGUUAGAACAUUGCUUUAAGCACGAUGUUCUUCAUUUAACAAAGUAAAUUAAAUUGCAUACUGCACAUAAAUGGUGCUUAACCUGAAUUUGUUUAGUCUGUACCACAGGCACUUUGGGUCAGGACACCCAUCUCUCCGCCGCCCCUGUCAAAUGUUGGCCAAUAAUUUAGCUUUAUAGCACGUACUGAGCAAUGGCGGCGAUCAUAAAAGUUUUAACGUGUUUAGUUACAAUUUUAGUAUGAUCGUCAACUAGGGUCAGUACGUGUCAUAAUUCUAAAAAAUACUGGCAGGGGCGGAAGAAGGUGGGGUCCUGACCCAAAGUAUCUGUGGUCUGCGCCCCUGCCAAGGUGUAAAGUGGGAUUGUAUAUGAAUAUUAAUCAACACCCUCAUAGUACAGAGACAGUACCUGAAAUUUUUACUUAUAAUUAUUAUAUAUUGACCUGUAGUUUUAUGAAAACAAAGUGCCAAACAUUGUCUUUCUGACAACUUCGGGUGCGUAAAUGUUGGUAUUGUUAGAGGAGCAUCUUUAACCCUUAACCUGCUAUAUUUCUACAAUGGACAGGUCCAUCUUUCAAUUUGGACAGUACCACUUAUUACUCCAAGGGGUUUUCACUGAAAAUUUACUGACUGAAUAGCGAACAGUGCAGACCAUGAUCAGACUGCACGGAUGGUCUGCACUGGUCGCAAAGGCAGAAUCAUCUGCCGCCAGCAGGCUAAGGGUUAAUAAUCUAGAAGAAUAGUCUUUGAAAGUAUAGAUCGCAACCACGUGGAAUUAAUAGCAAUCUGCAAAGUUGGUGUGAUUGAGUCGGUUCGUGAUAGGUAUUUCCUUUUAUUCCAGACUGAUAAAAUAUAUUUACCGGUAAAGCAAUGUAUAUGUAGAACCAUAGUAUGCCUACACAUCUAUAUCUAAGUACGAUUUUUUUCCCCCAAACCGAACCUGCAAUACAUGGUAAAAUGCUAAAAAAUAUUGGCUAAACUUAACUAGGAGUGGAGGAGAAUGGGGUAUGCGGGGGUCCGAAUCCCAAGUGUCUGUGGUAUUAACCAAACAUAACGAGUAAAGAAAUAUUGUUGCUGUUGUUUUUUGUUUUUUGUUUUUGUUUUUUUUUUCUCAGUUGUUUUGUAUUUUUGAAACAAGCAUCGCUUUUAGUCAGGCUAUGGACAUGAUGCAAUGCUAAAAUACACGUGCCCACGAGGGAAUGCUGCGCGCAACAGAUCUUCAUCUUUAAACUGAAUAAUCUAAUAUAGAUGUAGUAAUUUGCUACUAAAUUCCAGUGUUUAAGAACAUAUACAGGCUAUUAAGAAAGGAUUUAAAAAACACAAAUAUCACUUUUGAUCUGACUAAAGACUAAAACUAGCAUGCGAUAAAUAAUACUUCAGUACAAAGCACGUGGCCGCGUUGUUAAAACAACAGAUCCUUAUGUUGAAUCCAAACACUUUAAAAUUAACCUAGUACUACAAUGUGAAAUCAACUACAUUUAUGUAAAGUGAUCUUCACAUUUUCUUUAUAUCAUUUAGAAGCCUUGUAUGGAAGCUGACAUGCCAAAAACUAAGUACAUGAAUUUUGUUUAAUUUGGUUUACACCGUUUUGUUUCUCAACAUAAUUUUAGUUAUAUACUAUUCUUUACUACUUCACUAGUUACUGCCAGCUUAAAGGUGGACUUAUUAUAUCUUUUAAAGGGACAUAUGCCUCCAUCAAAAACAUCACACUAAAAAAAAAUAAAGAAAUAGACAGCCGUCUAUAAAAUAAUAAAAUUCAUAAUAUGAUAUUACAUGUAUUUUAUUUUGAUAAUUUAUGUGUAGAGAAAACAUACUAUUUUACAUCAUAUUACUCUGUUGUUAAUGCAACAGGAAGCUUUGCUUCGUGCGUUUUUGCAAGACAGUUUUCAGAAAUGAUCUAGAAUAAUGAAUCACCUUUUUACUUUUAUUUACAACUACUAACGCAAUGUCAUGAAAGUAUUUUCUAUAUAUAAUUCUGUAAGUUUGAAAUAAAUCUGGAUGCUUGUCUUUUUAAUAAUAUCCUGCGUUAACGAACAUUCACUAUGCAGGGACCUAAUUCCUGACCUUUUAAAAAUUAUCUGCAUGUUCUGUUUCCAAAAAGGCUUGCGACAUGCAUUUGAUCUGCUUCAAAAUAAUCUCCUAAAACAAAUUCAAAAAUAUGCAGUCCAUUCUUGUGUCCGUUUUCUUUUCGACAAAAUGUAAGUUUUCUUACCUUUGGAAACAACGCUUUCAAUGUUCCAGUACCCCUUUUUCUUGUGGAUUUUGACGAGUAACCACACAGAAGUAGAGGCUUAAGUGUGGAACCAGACAAGCAUUGUCCAACAGUGGAUAAGUAGGCUGAACACCACUAAAUCCGACUGUUCUUUAUUUCAUACAAAAUCCACUUAUUUUACAACGGUUUUUCGACAUUUUGUAGCAUAUCAGAUUUUCAGAGACUUAUAUUCCCAUAAAGAACUCUAUCGCUGCUAUAGAUAAACAAAAAGAAAAAGGGGUGUUUACUUUAAUAUAAGUAACCUAUAGUUCGUUAAAUACAACGUCCUUUCCGCUACUUUCAAUGUCUCUUUUCGAGCCGCCAUUUUACCUAGCAUACAAUAGGAACAUGCCGCUUUCAUUUAGAAUCAGCAUCCCAGAUCGAGCUACUACAUUGUAUUACAAAACCCUAUUUCUUAGCGUUUUAAACGUUUCGUGCUAGAAUAGCAUUAGUGCAUUAUAUUCCAUGUAUUAACAUUUGCAGUAUCCCUCUGGAUAGGUCGGUACCCUCGCCCUACCGGGCUCGGGCACCAACCAAUCCCAAGGGAUUCUGCAGAUGUUAUAAUACGAGAAAACAUGCGUUAUCCGAACAGAGUAGUGACGUUGAUGUUAAUUAAGGAAAUGGGUCCAUAAUGACAGUCGGCCAUUUCCGUUCGUUUACGUAUUGUCCGCGUGCCAUUUCGGCAUUCUUCGGUCGUUAUCUGUUAUGACCGAACAAUGCCUAAAUCGAAUACGGAGGUCACGUAAUCGCACGGAAAUUUCCGACUUUCAUUACGGGUUAACUAUCUUAGUAAACUUUCGGUCACUCUUACCAGUAGUGGCUUGUUCGAAUUCCGCUGUUUUCUUUUCUCUUUUUCACGGUUUCUGGUUACAAAACUGAGAUUACAGACUAGUUCCAAUGCUUGGAACCGUGGUAUUGGUCAUUUUGUGUUUAUAAUCAACCAAUCAAAAACUGCAGUUUUAAGAAUGGUGUGCAAGCGUAGUUUUAUAACUUUGGUUAAUUUCUAGUUUUCUAGGGAAGCGUGUUUCUUUUCUAAAUCGAACUGAGACGGAGUAAUGCAUUUAGAGAAGGGAAAUAACUCUGUCGAGUUUAAAAUGGACAAUCCGUAUUCAAGUGGUUUGUGAUUAACAUGUUGUAGUUUACAACAGCUAGAACUUGUACAACAGCUCAAUAGUUCACGGUCGCCAUGAACUUUUUCGGUUUAUAUAUUAUUUUAUAGAUGUCCUAACUAUACUUUACCGAAUAAAAUGU